AUGCCCGACCACGACGAUAACUCUGGGGAGGCACAUCCUUUACCUCCUCCCGCCGCAGACUCCCUGCCGGUAGCUGUUCGGGCCCCUUCUCCCUCACUCCCUUCCGACUCUCCCGUCUCUGGUUCCCUUCCCAGACAUAUUACCACCGCACGUCUUGCCUCUCCUGUUCCCAACGGUGCCGAAUUCCAAGAUGCAUCCUCUAGGCGUGCAUCUACGCCGUUACAAGUUGCAGUCGAUAAGCUCCCAGACCUCAAAGGCAGGGAUAUGGCAUCUUCACCACAUCGGCCCGGCGACUCCAUACUAACGUCGGGCCUGCGAAACGUAUCCCCGCGGCCCGAGCCCGAGCCCAGCGAAUUACCCUUAGAGGCCGACCCUCCUUCAUUAACGGAAAAUGGCGCAAGGAUCGGUUAUGGCGUGUCUGGGACGGGAGAAGGCAGCCCCCAUGGCACUCCAUUGCCCACAGAAAAUCCAGAAAUCAUCAAAAGACACCUAGUUCAACCCCAGGGCAGUUCGGACGGGAACAAUGGAAACUCCUCAGAGUCAGAAUCCGGAAAUGGGAAAAAUCCCGUUGAUGGGGAUGAAUUUUCCAGUCUACAGCUCCAAGGCGGAGACAUCACACGCCCAGUCUAUAAAUGGGCAGAGGAAGCAGAGGCCCAGGAGGCCUCAAAGCGCAGACGGAGUUUUACCGUCCCCAGGCCAGAGCCUGAGAGUGCAACGUUGGACAUUGGCUCAAUCAAAAUUCCAGGGGGAUUUCGAAGGGACUACCUUCGUAGAGCAGGAGGUGGCACGGAUAACACCGGUCUCUAUACUUCUCCGGGACAUGACUGGCGCACCGUCGAGCCACAGCUACCAACUCGUAGCUUCUUAGAAUUUUUAACCCUCUAUGGGCAUUUUGCCGGGGAAGAAUUGGAAGAAGACGAUGAGGCCCUGGGCCCCGACGAAUACUUCGUUCCAGAGCUGUGGCAUGAGGGGGAGGAAGUGGUGAGCGAGAGGACAUCGCUUCUUCCACCUGGAGCGCCUGGAAAACAUCCGCGCAGGCACCGAGAACGGGCGCCCAAAGCUACGAAUUCUGCGUCUGGCGCAAUGAUGCUGUUGCUAAAGUCGUUUGUUGGCACUGGGAUCUUGUUUUUACCGAGAGCCUUUCUCAAUGGAGGUAUGCUCUUUAGCUCAGUUAUUUUGGUGACUGUCUCUCUCUUAAGCUACUAUUGCUUUAUCCUUCUCAUCAGCACAAGGUCAAAAAUCGAGGGAUCUUUCGGCGACAUAGGCGGUGCAUUGUACGGAAAGCACAUGAGAAGAAUCAUCCUUGGUUCGAUCGCGUUAAGCCAAUUUGGAUUCGUUGCUGCUUACACGGUCUUCGUGUCUACGAACCUACAAGCUUUCGUCCUUGCUGUGAGCGAAUGCAAAACCUUUAUCAGUAUCCAAUUUUUCAUCCUGAUGCAAUUGGUCAUCUUUCUUCCGCUCUCACUUAUUCGCGACAUCAGCAAACUCGCCUUUACGGCCCUUAUCGCCGAUGCCUUCAUUCUUCUAGGCAUAGUGUACCUCUUCGGUGUCGACAUUAAGACAAUGGUGGACCAGGGAGGAGUUGCAGAUAUACAAGCCUUCAACCCUCAGAGCUGGCAACUUUUGAUCGGGACCGCCAUUUUCACAUACGAAGGAGUUGGCCUUAUCAUCCCAAUCCAGGAGUCUAUGAAGCGUCCCCAACAAUUCCCCCGAGUGCUGGCCCUUUGUAUGGUCAUAAUUACCGUCAUUUUCCUUGCCAGCGGCGUCCUUGGAUACGCCGCGUUCGGUUCCGCUACAGAGACUGUUGUUUUGCUCAACUUACCUCAAGAUGAUAAAUUUGUCAAUGGGGUGCAGUUUCUCUAUUCCGUCGCCAUUUUACUCAGCACACCACUACAACUAUUCCCGGCAAUACGCAUUAUGGAAAACGGCCUGUUCACUAGAAGUGGCAAAUACAACCCUGGCAUCAAAUGGAAGAAGAAUAUCUUCCGAUUUUUUCUUGUCGUCUUUUGUGCAGCAGUGGCCUGGGGUGGAGCUGCCGACCUGGAUAAGUUUGUCGCUCUUGUUGGCAGCUUUGCCUGUGUGCCCUUGGUAUAUGUAUAUCCGCCGUUGUUGCACUUGAAAGCUGUGGCAACUACUCGAUUUAGGCGAUGGUCCGACAUUGGAUUAGCAGUUUUUGGAACCAUUGUAUGUGUUUACACCACCGUAUUGACCGUGCGCAAUUGGGCUACCGGCACCACCGAUCCCGGCAAACCCGGCUACUGUGAUGUCUAG